AUGUCCAGCAAUCGGUGUGAACUGUGCGGGGCUCCAUUUCAAGGCGGAGAUGAGCACUAUCUCCCAUGCAAGCACGUUUGCCACAAGACUUGUGCUGAAGAGAUGCACCAUUUCCUCGGUGAUGACAACCCCUGUGGCUGUCGUCGGGCCUCAAGCACAGAAUUGGAGCUUCGAGAAUCAGGCAUUGCCUCAAUACGUGGCCAACCUUCUCGGUCAGUGAAGUUGCUCUUGGAGCUCGUCAAAUCGAAACAGCCUUCGGAGGUACCCGCACGAGCUUAUGUUGCACUGGCCACUGCUUACACCUCGGGCCAGGGUGUGCAGAAGGAUCCGGACAUAGCAAAGAAAUUCUGCAGCUUAGCUCGAGAGAGGUUGGAGCAGGACAAAGAAGAUGACUCCAAUCGUGCAAAAGAAGGGAAUGCAGCACGCCAACAAUCCAGUCAAUUUGGCAGGAGAGGGUACUUACAAGAGCGAGAUCGAGGCAGUUGCCGCAGUCGGUCGCGGUCUCUUGCAAGGAGGAGAGAAGGUCGACGAGAAAGGCAUGCUUCUUGCAGUCUUCCACGUAAGAGCGGGUCGACGAGAACGGUCAGCCAGGCAGACGUACAAAGGCGCCUCCGCGACUUUCGAAAGAUCCCUGAUAUCCGAGAUGUUCGGGCUUCGGCGGCUUCUAGACGAUCUCGAUCACGGACGCCUCGAGAAAGGGUGAGACAAGGGACGCGGCCAAAAGCAAGGGCCAAAGCAAGAUCGAAUGAACGACGAGAUCGCAGUGACAGCCGAUCACCGCGUCCUCGCCCAAAGAAUGCAGAAGAAGGAACAAGUCAAAGGCGCCGUGAGCGGGUGGCCUCUUCCUCAUCAACCCCGAGGAGGACCAAAGCACGAGCGGAUGGACGACGAAUUGACAGCCGAUCACCGCCUCCUCGGCCAAAGCAUGCAGGAGAAGGACGCCGUCAAGCACGAUCCGCUUCCCUGUCUCCUGCAAAGACUGAGGCAAGACCCAAAACGAGAGCGCGGCCAUUGUCUGCAGCGCCAAAAGCUGCAUCAGGACGAUCCGCUUCCCUGUCUCCUGCAAAGACUGAGGCAAGACCCAAAACGAGAGCGCGGCCAUUGUCUGCAGCGCCAAAAGCUGCAUCAGGAUCUAAAGGCGGGGACUUGCCAGCGAAGAGGAUCUUGAGGAGACUCACGCAGAAAGGUGCAGCUAGUAUUGGGGAGCAUCGCCAAGGCUUUGAUCCGGAAGAGCUGAAGAGUGAGCAGUGUCCGAUUGACAUGGAAAGACCGACAGUGAAUCGGACUGAAAGGAAGAAAAGAAGGCGAAUCGAAGCUCCAAAACCGAAACGGAAAGCUGAAGGAUUCGAAAGAUGUGAGCACGAGACUUCACUGGAAGAGAUGCCGAGGCGAGCCUCAUACUGGAGGCCACCGGCAUUGACGCAGCACCACGACAAGAGCAAUUCGCAGCCAGCCCCGGAGAUGACGCCAACAGAGCCAGCCUGCGAGUCCCAGAUAAGCAGUGAGCUGUCGGCUCCAACACCUCCACAUCCUACCCCCACACCAGCUACGACUACUUUGAGUGAACCACCUGAGGAGGCUCAGCUCUUCCGACCCCCAAAGAGCAAGUCAAGCAAAGCCAGAAAGCUGCCGCCGCCGCCUCCGCGCAAAGAGGUUGUGGAAUCCGCGCUCAAGCAAUCACCGCGGCCAAGUGGAGCGCAGGCAUCGCAAGAGCUGCCGGUCACCUUGCAGGCACCAGAGGAGAGUGCGCUACCUCCAAAGCCUGCCGCUCAACCGAAGAGUGAAGUUGUGCCGCCAACUUCAACGAAAGAACCUCGAAUAGAGGCUGCUUCAGAGGUGGACCCAGCGGCGAGCUGUCAACGCCCAUCUCCAGCUAAGCCUUUGACAGGGGCGACGACCUUGGAAGAACCUGAAGCGGAACCUGCAGAUGGCAAGCAACCGAAGCCCACGUGCUCAAUAGGAAGAGUGGGACCAGCGCCGAAAGUUCCGAAGCCUAGCGCCAAGGAGGCGGCUAAAGGCGUCAAUCUGGCGCAAUCAGUGCCAGGGCCGAUGUCUUCGAGAAAAAGACUUCCGCUGCGAAAGCCAACACUGAAGGUGGAGGAAACUAUGGCCAAGUCCCCACAGCAGCCAAGCGGAAUGCAGGAAUCGAGCAAACCACGACCGAGCCUGAAGGCACCAGAGGAGAGUGCACCACCUCCAAAGCCUGCCGCUCAACCGAAGAGUGAAGUUGUGCCGCCAACUUCAACGAAAGAACCUCGAAUAGAGGCUGCUUCAGAGGUGGACUCAGCGGCGAGCUGUCAACGCCCAUCUCCAGCUAAGCCUUUGACAGGGGCGACGACCUUGGAAGAACCUGCAGCUUCAACUCCGGACGCCGUGGAAGCUUCAAUGGAGAGGAACUUUCGUGAAUGGCUUCUGAGCUUGGACAACAGAAGAGGCAACUUGCUCCAGUACUUUGAUGCGUUGAAGAGAGAGUUCGAAUGUGACUUUCGGCUUCUGAAGAGUGCCAUCAUCACAGACGAAAUCGAGGGGAGUUUGCUACACGCAAUUGAGCCGAGUCUAUGGUCGAUUUGCGGAGUGAAAUCGAUUGGACAUAAAAUGCUUUUGGCGAAGGGCAUUCACAAGCUGAAAUAG